UUGAGCCAGUGAGCCGCAAUCGCUUGAACCGCCAUAGCAACAACAACUUGACCAUUUUGUGAAAAAUACGAGCUUGAAAAUGGAGGUAGCUGGAAGGAAGGUCCCGUCUCCGAUUUUUGCAACAAAAGAUAACCCAGCAGCUGAUCCAAGACAAAUGAGACGGAUUAUAGCUGAAGACCCAGACUGGAGUCUGGCAACUGUUCCACUUCUAACAGAACUCUGUGUAAAACACAUUGUUGGAAACUUUGAAGACAACCCAAUUCUCGAUGACCUCCUUCCAAAGCACAAGUCAAAAGUGCUUGAUGCCCUGUCCACUGAAAUUGCUAUGAAAGUUACAGCUAAUCUGGUUUCUGAUGAGGGAUACUGGAAGAGGUGUUGUAAAACAAGAUGGGAAGUGUGUGAUAUCAAUGGGCAUGGGAACAGCUGGAAGAGAAUGUAUUUUGAAAGGAAUUUAGAAGGUAUUAUUGAAAAUUUUGUCCCAGAAACCACAGAUCCAACUCUAUUGAAUGAAACCCUAAAGCUGUCAGCUCCGUACGUGAGAGGGCUAAAUAUUAGACAGCUCUUACCUCCUGUGAAAGAAACUUUGAUCAAAGAUGAUGAUGCUUCUGAGACCGGCAGUGACGCAGGACAGGAUGGCCCAACCAUCGAUCAUUUUGACUUUGGUCUUAUCACUCCAGCACUUGUUCAUCUAGAAGAACUACACUUGACUUAUGGGGUUCGUGAUUGUGGGAUGAACUUUGAAUGGAAUUUAUUUCAGUUUACUGCUAGAGAUUGUCUUCUGCUGGCCAAGGCCGUCAAGGCUUGCCACACGUUAAAGGUAUUCCACCUUCACAGAAGCGGCGUGGAUGAUGAGAAAGUCCGAGUCCUAAUAAGUCAUGUACUGGACCAUCCGUCUCUUCUAACUUUAGAUCUUUCACAUAACAAGAUCAGUGACAAUGGAGCGAGAGCUGUUGGCAAAUUAUUGAACGGCCGAUGUAACCUUACGACUCUGAACCUUUGUGAUAAUAAGAUACGAUCAAACGGUGCUGCUGCUAUAGGACACGCCUUGGGUAAAAACAUCACACUCGCAUGCAUUAACCUCAGACUUAACAGACUUGGAGACGAUGGAGGCCAAGCAAUAUGUCGCUCAUUGUUAAAGAACAAGACUCUAACACAUGUACAUCUUGGCAGUAAUGAUCUUGGCGAGCCCACUGCUGCUAUUCUGUCACAGGUUUUAGCAUCCAACAAAACCUUGGUGGAUCUUAAUUUAUCAUGUAACACAAUCGGACCGGACGGUGGAAAGUCGUUGCAAGAAGGCAUGGAAGAAAACACUGCAAUAAGAGCCAUGGAUCUGAGGUUAACGGACGUCGGACAAGAAAACGAAUACUGUAUAAAUCAACUUUUGAAAAGAAACAGAGAGGAACAGUACAAACAGGGACAACUAAGCUAACUGGGAAAGUUUCUCUUAUAAAUAUGAACAAUUUAUUAGUCAACUUCUUCGCAGAAGAAAACCAUAGGCUUUUACAAGUGUUGUGACUCGUCUGAACCAGUGACAUUGUAAUUUAAGUUUAAAUUAAGUUUAAAUAUAUUUGCCAUAGAAUCCUGGCGUCCUUUUUACAAGAUUCUUAGCCCAGAAUCGACUUUAGUCAAACUAGUAUCCUCACUGUUUUCCAGACAUUAUAAGUUCUGCUUCAAUGUCAGCCGCGGAAAUCUAUUUUCAUUAAAUGGUGCGUUUAGCUGUGAAACCGACGCAGUCGUGAGUUGAUUUUUUUUUUUACGUUAGCGAGGGAUUACAUCAAAGUUAGUCCUUGAUCUUUAAUAUUUGAUGACAUUUAUCACCUUCAUUUUUUAAAAGUUGUUUAUAUCUAUUUCUUGCACAGUUUGACACGCUAAUCAGUGGGUCA